AUGUCCAACAAUCUCUUGCUGAAGGACAAGGCAGAGUUCAACCCAGCGCAUCUGGAUCAUCCGAGAAUCAAAGUCCAGCCAGUUUCCGCCUUGGCCUGGCCCUGGCAAGCGCCGGGGCUUUACCAGAGCGUGGCCCUGAUGCUGCUGGAUGUUGGCCUGGAUGCAAACACCAUAGGCAUUUUCCUUUACUCCCAGGACUAUUUCUUCGCACUCGUCAUGAGUUUCGUGGUGACUCGCAGCUGCUUUAAACAGAUGUGCCUCAUCCCACCAUGGCGGCUCCGAGAGGCGAUGAAGGCCAGCGUGCGCCGUGGAAUCUUGCGCCAAGAUGUCCUGGACUUUCUUGAAGAAGAAAAACGCUCAGAAGCCUUCUUCUGCGGUUGCGUCACGGCCUACUCGGCUUGGUUUAAUGUCCGAACAGCAGGUCAGCUGUUGCUGCAGUUCUUGAGCGCCUUCCUGAGCAUGUACAUGUUUGCGGGCUACGUCGUGCAGUCAGUCGACAUGGCACUGCCAACACAGCUCGAGGGUACUCAUGCAGACGUCGCGCAUGACCUGGUGCAAGUAGUGGGACAUCCGACCUUGGCCUUGGAAGUGGAUGAAACAUCGCUCUGUGUCAUCCCGGAGUCAAAGGCACCAGGCCCCUCAAGUCAGGCCCAAGAGGCUGCAGGGCCCGAGAAAGUGGCAGAGGUUGCGGCCGCAGACACUGCAUUGGCGAAGGACCCUGCAACACACUGA